AUGCUGCAGACAGUAUUUCAUCUGGUCACUCUACUUGUAUCUAUCCCCACUGUGAUUGGUCAGCUAGUGGCAGUGAACAAUGGGUUGACAGUUAUGAUUGGCCGGACAAAGUUCCUUGAUCCAGCUGAUUUGACCUUCAACCUUCCAGAUGUUGAUGAAGGUGAAUGUAAAGUUGAAGUUGUUUUAAAUGAACCAAUGACGCAGCGAGUCGGUGUUCUUACUCCUCAGGUAUUUGACUGUAAUUUCUAUUCUACAACAGUGCAGUACAAACACAAUGGCUCACCAAUCCUGUUGUCUGACACCAUCAAACUCAAAGUUUAUCAUUUAACAGACUCUCAGACGCAGACUCAGAUUUUUGAUUUGAACAUAGAAAUAGAAAAAAUCGGCUAUAAAGUAUUUUUCCCAAUUUCAUCACUGCGAGUUGAAGAUUUUUUGGGAAUGUCUAAUACUCUUGAUCGACAUGUCUUGGAGUUUUUGUACAACAGAGUGACCGGUGCGUCAUGUGUGGUGACAUUUUCACGUGUAUUAGAUCACCAGCCUCAGUUUGGACAGCUUGUAACGGGAGACGGGGAACAUCGUAAAGUUUUACGGUAUUUCAAAGAAAGUUGUGACGAUUUCCUGAAAAUGGGAAUUCGAUAUGAGCACCUCCUCCCACCAUCACCUGAUAUUGAUUACGUGGCUUUAGCAGUUACGACUAUUGAUCCGCUUGACAAUAACCGUGAAUACCAAGAAAAAUUGUUCCUACCCGUUCACAUAAUGCCGGGAUUCAAGAACCAAAAACCAAGUGCAUCAUUCAUAAGUAUGUAUGUCCUUGAUGCCGAUGAGUUUGUGUUAACGACAAUAACCCCAUUUGUACUGUCAUCACAAGACGAGGAAACCCCCAAUUCGCAGCUGGUCUUCAACAUUAGUCAUCCUCUUGAAAAAGGUCAAGGAGAAAUUGUUCAUCUCAAUGAUUUGUCUAAACCAGUCACGUCAUUUUCACAGAUUGAUGUAGAUAAUUUUAAUAUUGCAUACAACCCACCAAAUAUUAGCUACAGCGAAAGAAAGGUAUACAAUAUUGAAUUGACUGUUUAUGAUGGAUAUUUUGAAGCAAGUGAACCAAUUAUGUUGAUGUUGGCAGUUCGAUCAUCAUCAACAAAUGCACCGAGAGUAUCACUGAACAAAGGCUUGACAAUGCUGGAAGGCCAGUCCCGGCCAAUCACAUUGGAGAACUUACAAGUAGUUGACAAUGAUAAUCUCAAAGAUGUAAGGCUGAUUGUGAUUGGUGGAUUACAGCAUGGGACUCUAAAGCAAAAUGGCCACCCAAUAAUAAUGUUCACGCCUUUCGACUUGCAACAUGGUACUGUAAAUUAUUACCACGAUGACAGUGAUUCUACUAGAGACAAAAUCGAAUUGAGAUUGACAGAUGGAACACAUAGUUCUCGACUGUCUCUUCCCAUAAACAUUCUUCCUAAAGAUGACAGUCCACCAUUUUUAAUCACUAACGUUCUCUUUCAACUAAAUGAAGGUGAGACUGUCCUUAUUGGAAAAGAAAUGCUACACGCAACCGACGCAGACUCCAGUGAUGAUUACAUCACAUAUAAAAUUACCCAGCAACCAAAUGGCGGAGAAAUUAUCAAGAAAUUUUCUUGGGAUUCGUAUGGACAUCCAGUUGACCAGUUCACCCAGAAAGAUCUGUUUCGGGGAUUGAUUUACUACCGGCAUUUAGGGCAAGAAAUAUUUCAAGAUUUCUUUUCAUUUGUUCUGUUAGAUAGUCAUGUGCCACCAAACGAGUCACCAGAACAUUCGGUUAUUAUUCAUAUUGAGUCUGUUGAUGAUCUACAGCCGCAGCCAAUUAGAGGAACACACCAAGCAAUUAGAUUGAAGGAAACAGACAUCAACUUUAUUGAAAGAAACAAUUUACAGUACACUGAUGUUGAAUCCGCUGAUAUGGAACUUGUAUACACUAUCACAACUCCACCGUAUUUUGCAGACACACACAGUUUAAAUGACGCUGGACGUGUUUUUUCAACCAACGGACUAACAAUGCUUAUGAAAGACCCAACAGUGGUUCCGCUUCGUACGUUUACGCAACAUGAAAUCAAUCAUCGCAAAGUGGCUUAUAUGCCUCCAUUCAGGGAAAUAGGAGCCACUGACAGACAAAUACAGUUCAUAUUUUCUGUCAGCGAUCCCUAUGGCAACACUGUUGUGGGUCAGAUUUUUAACAUCACGGUGCUCCCAGUUAAUAACCAAUCACCAGUUAUUUACACGAGUGACAUGAUCAUUAAUGAGGGCGGCAGUUUAAUUAUGGGACCGUCAUUAUUGGCAGCCGCUGACAAAGAUACCAGUUUGACAGAUUUGAUUUUUUCAGUUGAGCGUCUACCCCAGUAUGGUGUUCUUGAAAAAGAUGCAGUUGUCAUGGAUACAGGUGACACUUUCAAUAUUGAUGAUGUUAAUUCAUUUAAAAUCAGGUAUACCCAUGAUGGUUCAGAAGUAGAAGCUGAUAACUGUGCCCUGAGUAUUAGUGACGGUGUGCAAUCAACAAGUGAAGAUAUUUUCUUCAAAAUCAUACCAAUCAAUGACCAACUACCGCAGUUGAAUGCAGGUUUGAACCCUAAUAUACGAGUUCCAGAGUCAGGUCAUAUGACUUUAACGCCAAGGAUGUUAUCUGCGAUUGACAGCGAUACAAAUGAUAUGGUUCUUAAUUUCAUCAUAGUUAGUCCUCCUGUUAGAGGAAUCAUGCAAAGAGACUUUGCUACGGUGACGACCUUCACUCAACGGGACAUUGUAGAUGGAAAUAUACGAUAUGUGCAUACAGGUGGCGAGAUUGGCCCGCGGCCUGUGUUUGAUCGUGUGACAAUUCUGGUAUCUGAUCAGAUCAUUCCAUCAACGAGUAACUUGCCGCUACAUGAUUUAAACAUCACCAUUGUGCCGAUAAAUAACCAGCCUCCGAAUAUUUUAUUAUUUGAUGCAAUACAUGUCCCUGAAGGUGGCAAGUGGGGUCUGACAAGAAAUGUACUGGAUGUCAACGAUCCAGACACUGAUGCUGACCAGAUAAUGCUCAUAAUUACCAGCCAACCAACAUGGGGCUAUUUGGAAAACAUUCUCCCAUCACCAGGCCAUGAGAAAAGUAAUGCUGGAAAACGAAUUUCUUCAUUUUCGUUUAAAGACGUUGUGGAUGGAAAUAUAUACUUCAUGCAGUCGGUCCAUGAAGGCGUUGAACCGACCUCGGAUUGGUUUGUAGUUUAUGCAGACGAUGGUAAAAACAUAUCCCCACAGGUUACAUUGAAUGUUAUGAUCCUUCCGCAGAAUGACGAGGUGCCGAACUUUGUUAGCAAUGACAUCACGCUAAAUGAAGGUAGUGUUUAUCGAUUAGAUCAGGCGACUAUGAACAUUGUUGAUAUUGAUGUUCCGCAAGAAACACUGGUGGUUUCCAUCAGUAAACAGCCAGAGCAUGGAUAUGUCAUAGACAUGUCUAGUUAUCGAAGAAAGAGGCAUGCCCCAGGUGAGAAGUACGGGGAACGUCAACCAGAAGUGAUUCAUGAAUUCACGGUUGACGCUUUCCUGACUUCUCUGGAGCUUGUUUACCAGCAUGACGGAUCUGAAUCGACCAGUGAUCAAUUAGGAGUUCGUCUAACUGAUGGCGUGCAUACAGUCAGAAAGACAAUCAACAUCAACAUUAUACCGAUGAAUGAUGAGCCUCCUGUAGUCAUCAAGAAUACUGGUGUUACGAUUAAUAUGCAUGAAACUGUGAUUCUUUCUGCUGUAGUGCUACAGGCCAGAGACGUAGACACCACAGAUGCUAAUCUGAUUUACACCGUACAUAACACUCCAGAUAAAGGGAUACUGCAAGUUAAAAAGACUUACCUCAGACAGCUUCCAAGAUGGGAACCAGUGGAUCUCUAUUCAAACUUCACCCAACAUGAUGUCAACAUGAAUCUCCUGCGAUACGCUCACACAGGCGGUCUUGGUUCAAAAGCCAAUGAUAAAUUUCGCUUCACUGUAACUGACGGGAAACAUACAACCAGACGAGAAACUUUUGAUAUUAACAUUCUGAACACAAAAAAAGAUGACAUCAUGGUUACAAGUGGUGAUGUGGAAGUUGGGGAAGGAAAUGUUGUUGUCAUAACAACUGAUACAUUGUCAGCCUCCGACAAUACCAACUUAUUAGAUGAGAUUGUUUUCACAGUCGUUGAUCCGCCCACGGAAGGUCAAAUAGAAGAGAUAUCGCAUCCAGGAAUAAAAAUCAAUUCAUUUACAUUGUUGGAUCUGGUGGCGCGUACUGUCGUGUAUAAACACAUGAGGAACAAUGGCAUUAACAAAGACAGUAUGAAUUUCAUUGUCUCUAACGGAUUGUCAUCUCGAAAUGGAACUCUGCGUAUUCACGUCAUUCCAAUCGAUGAUGCAUUACCUAUUAUGUACGUCAACACGGAUUUUGCCGUUGACGCAGGAAGUGCUCGCCUCUUGACUGAAAGUGAUCUCCUAUUGGUAGAUCCGGAUAGUGAUAAUCAGGAGUUGACGUAUAUUGUAAUAAAACCGCCUGAAUUCGGACACUUGCUGAAACAAGGUCAACCAGUUCAUCACAAAUUUACUCAAACUGACAUCAAUAAUUUGCAUAUUCUGUAUAAACAAGAUGGCGGAAGAUCCAGAGAGGAUGCAAUAUUUCUUAUCGCUAGUGACAACACCAAUGCUGGCUUUAUUGUUGAUGAGGAUGUUCGGUAUGAACCAAUAGAAUUCCGCAUUCAAAUUAACGCAGUUCGUUCUGAAUAUCCUCAUAUCAUCAACAACCAACCAGCAACGACUCUGGAUGAUUACAAUGGUCGUUAUGGUUACACACUGACAAACUUCAAUCUGAAAGUAAUGGACAAGGAUUCGUUGGAUAGCAACAUCAUCUAUGUAGUUACCAGGCUACCAUUGUUCGGGUAUUUGGAAUUCAAAGGCGGGCGUCAAUUUUUCCAUCGCACGUUCACGCAAGAGGAUGUUAACAAUCUCAAUGUGAUUUAUUUCAUGCACGACGAACUGAAGCAAACAAACGACAGUUUCGAAUUUGAGGUUCAUGACUCGCACCAGAAUAAGCUAAGUAACCAGAGGUUUGAUUUGCACUGGACGAUUAUUCAAAUGGUACGAGCUGAAUAUGUGGUCUGUGAAAACAUUGGUACACUCAGUGUCAACAUUCAAAGAUUGGGCCACCUAGCUGAGUCAUCAUUCAUAACUGUCAAAGUGAAAGGAGUUUCAGCUACUUAUGAAACUGACUUUGUUCCAAGCACAGCUGAACUGAUACAGUUUGAUCCUGGUGUUGCUAUAGCGACAUGGAAUGUGUUGAUUGUCGAUGAUGGUUUGGAAGAGAAUGAAGAGAGAUUCCGAGUGAUGUUAAAGUCACCAAUUAAUGCUAUAUUAGGAGAUAACGAGAAAGCCACUGUUCUCAUUGUGGAUUCCAGGAAUGGUCAGUGUGACAGUGGUAUUUACCCCGAUAUUAUCAGUAAGUCACCUGAUAGGUCAGCUGACAGUGUAGUAAGAUCUGAUGAUACAUCUAGAGUGGGUAGUUAUGUUUUUCAAACUGGAGGUAACAAAGCACAGGUGUCAUCACAAGUGAUAUUUAGCAAUGCUACCAGCACUGUCUGGAGGAAUCAUGGGCUGAUCUCGGUUAGGACUGAUCAAGAUUCACCAGAGACACAGGAGUCGCCAGGGGUACCGGAUAGAUUAGAAGGUAGCAUAUUGUCUCCCAGAAUUACUAUAACUGAUCCAAGAUCGCCUCAAGAACAAACUGAGGACAAAGAAACUACAGUAAUUAGGGUGUCUGGUCCAUCACGGUGUAAUGAGUCAUCUGUUGGUGUUUUACACUUUGACACAUCAGCCAAUAAGAUGUACCAGUGUGAUGGUUACCGGUGGAUACAGUGGAGUGAAUCAGAAACAAACAAACAGAAAUCAAACCACUGCAACAAAGGUUGGAGUUACCAUAAAAACCUGUGUUAUAGAGUUGGUGGUGAAGAAAAAACUUGGAACGAUGCGCAACGAACCUGCCGGGAGCUUUACUAUGGCAACCUUCCUAGUGUCUCCUCAAAUGAAGAUCAGAAUUGGUUAUGGGUUUUUGCAGGAGGAAGAUCAGUUUGGAUUGGAUUAAAUGACAAGUAUGUAGAAGGCAAUUGGGAAUGGAUUGAUGGAUCGCCAUUAACUUUCACAUCUUGGAAGCGGGGAAAUCCCAAACCAGAAUCACCUACCGAUAGAAACUGUGCUAUGCUUGGUCCAAGGCUCCGAUGGCAAGACAAACACUGCGACCGAGUCACCUCUACGUUUGUUUGUGCUGUUCCUACAACUCGCAGAAACCGUAGAUGA